AUGUACGAAGGGAUUGACAACCUGAAAUCCCUUUACGACCGUGCCGGGAAGACUUUCUCCGGCGGUCCUUCUGCGGCACAGGAUGUGCCGCGUCGUACUGCUCAACCAGACCCAGUAGGUCGAUCAUCAGUUGGGAGCGGGGCUCCCAAGUAUCCCAGGACGGGGGAUAGCCGCGCCACCGGACGAGAUAACUCGUCCGAAGUCCGUUCACGUCACGGUGGUUCAACAGCUGCUCAACCAGAUAGCGCUGGCCACCACGAGAGUCCUCUAAUGGAGGUGGAGGAGGAGGGAAGACGCUAUCCACACAAUCGUGGGGAAGCGUGUGUUCCCGAGAGCUUCUUUGAUCGCGUAACGCAAGGGUUACGCGGUGAUCUCGAACAUGAGCGGGACAGACGUCUCCAGAUGGUGGACACUGCCUCGAAGCAUCGAGCUGAGUUUGCCUUUGCUCAGCUUGAGAACGAGAGAGCUCUGACAUCUCUUCGUGACGAGCUAAGGGUAGCUCGUGGGAUUGUUGAUCGGUCUCGGGAUGAGAUAGCUGCUCUUCAGACCCUUGUCGAUGCCCACUAUCGGGAGCACAAGGCUCUCUGCGAGAUGCUUGAGCGCAAGGCGUUCUUCAUCGGAAGAAGCAGCGUACUGAUGGUGGUGCAAUACACGAAAUGGGCCGAUGUACUUGGGUAG